AUGGUCAAACCACUCUCAUUCAAAGGCGACAAAAAGACCAAAAAACGCAAACACCGCCAAGACGACGAGAAUGAGUCAAAACUUACACUUUCUACAGAUCUAAUCGCGCAUGAACACCGCGACGAACAACAAAACACAACAUCGGAAGACGACCAAAGCUGGGUCUCUGCCGAUGUACCCAGCGAUAUCAGCGGGCCUGUAGUAAUUGUGCUACCGUCAACGCCGAUACCGACAUGCAUUGCGUGCGACGCGAAUGGCGCCGUCUUUGCGAGCGAGCUGGAGAAUACGAUUGAGAAUGAUCCGCGCACCGCGGAGCCGCAUGAUGUGCGUCAGGUAUGGGUUGCGACGAGGGUGGCAGGGACGGAAGGGUUUAGUUUCAAGGGGCAUCAUGGACGAUAUUUGAGUUGCGAUAAGUAUGGCAUUUUGAGCGCGACGGCCGCGGCCAUAUCGCCCUUUGAGUCGUUUAUUGCCAUUCAACCACCAGACGCACCUGGUAUGCUGGCAUUGCAGACGCGAGGCGGCGAGUCGGAUACCUUUGUCACCAUUACCGAGAAAGCUUCUACCUCCAAUAAUAAAGCGAGCCGAAGAAUAACCAAAUCCGACGAUGACGAAGAGGAUGGUGAUGAUACAAAAGAGAGUGCGAAUAAACAGAUUGAAGUUCGCGGCGAUGCGAGCUCAAUUACGUUCUCGUCUACGCUGCGAAUCAGGAUGCAGGCACGCUUCAAACCGAAGCUUAAAGCUUCGAAGGAGAGCAAAGCGAGGGAGAAGAUAUCGAGGAAAGAGCUAGAAGCUACGGUGGGGAGAAGGUUGGAGGACCAUGAGGUUAAGAGACUAAAAAAGGCGAGGAGGGAAGGGAAUUAUUAUGAGGAGGUAUUGGAUGUAAAGGUCAAGGGGAAACAUGAUAAGUAUGCUUCAUGA